AUGUCUCAGUUCGACGCUGCUCCUCCCAACACUCAUGCCGGCGGCAAUGAUGACGCCCUACGAGCGAAGGGGGACGACCCGAUGAACCCUCCCGCACCUGCUCAAUAUGCCGACGAAACGGUAGACAUGAUCGCUUACUCGAAGAACGUUCCUUUGUGGAAGCGCGUAUACCAGCAUAGCUUAACGCAAAUGAUGCUCCUCAGCGUCCAAGCGUUCUGUGGUCCUGCGAUGACGGAUGCAAUUGCAGGCCUUGGUGGAGGUGGUCUAGCAACGCCGCAGACCAGCAACAUUGCUACUGCAAUCAACUACGCCCUUCUAGCCAUUGUCUGUCUGCUCGGCGGUCCGAUCGUGAACAAGCUUGGAACUAAGUGGGCACUCGUCAUUGGGGCCAUGUCUUUCCCUAUUCGAGGCUCCUCGUAUUACUGCAACAGCAAGUUCGGCACACAGUGGUAUCUCAUUCUCGGGUCCUUCUUCACCGGCAUUGGCACAGGGUGCUGGUAUGUUGCUGAGUCAGGAUCUAUCAUGUCGCUUGCGCCUUCAGGAGCUCGUGGGAAAUACCUCGCUCUGUGGAUUGUGUCCCGAAAUUUGGGUCAGCUUGUCGGUGGUGCGAUCAAUUUGGCGAAGAACCACCAGAAGGGUGCUUCAGGAGGUGUUACCCCGGAUACGUAUAUCGCGUUCCUCAUCAUUGAGUCGAUGGCGUUACCAUUUGCCUUCUUGAUAUCGCCGCUGGAGAAUGUGGUCCGUUCGGACGGAACCAGAAUUCUGGUCUCCGAGCCUAUUGGCACGAAGCAAGAGUUCAAGAAGAUCAGGUUUACCAUGACUUCGAAGCUGAUUGUUUUGUCUGCGCUUUGGGCUUUCUGGUCUUUCUUUUACAGCGGCACCUGGUCGACCUACCUCGGAACCUACUUUUCCGUCCGCUCGCGCGCCCUCUCCUCUCUCGUCUCGCCCUUCUUCUGCAUCAUCGGCUGCUUUGGUCUAGGCUUCAUCCUCGACAUGAAAAACGUCUCCCAACGCCGCCGCGCUCAGAUCGGUCUAGUCACCGUCGUCAUCCUCAAUCUCGGAGUCUACAUCUGGUCAAUCGUCAUGCAAGCUCGCUUCAACGCCUCUUCUCCCGGUAAGAUCGACUGGGACGAGCCACUUUACCCCACCGCCUUCCUACCGUACUUCUUCGUCCAGACCACCGGGCCCCUGUCCCAGUCGUACAUGUACUGGCUUCUCAGCUCUUUCGCGACAGACGCACAGAGUAACGUGCGCAACGGCGCAGCAUUUAGGUGUCUUGAGGCGGUGGGCCAAGCCGUCAGUUACGGCAUGAACACGCAGAUCAAGACGAGCCCGCUGAUUGGAUUUUGCGUUACCUUUGGGCUGAUGGCGCUUGCAUUUGCUCCGAUGCUCAUGCUGGUUAAUUCGGUGCCUGAUCGCAUUCCCGCUGAUGUCAUUGCUGAGGAACAGUAUAAGGUGGACGCGAAAACGGAAACUAUUGAGGUACCGAAGGGUGCAUAG